CAACAUCUCUUCCUUCGACCGCGAACGCGUAAUUUUCUACUUGCUUCGACUCUCUUCAGACCGCAGCAGGCGGCGGGACCGUGACCGUGACUCUGAAAGGCGGAAUCGUCAUGACGAUGAGCGACGCACAAGGGAAGGAGAACGGGAUAGGAUGCCAAGAGAUGUUGAUAGAAAGUACGGACGGGAAAGAGAAAGAGACAGGGAUAAUUCUUAUGGAUAUGGUGAACGCGACCGUGAGCUAGAGCGUAAACGGGACCGUGAACGUUACGACCAGGAUUCCAGACGUUCAGCCUCUCCUCGACGUCGACGGUCCGGUUCAAGAUCCAGGUCUGCAUCCCCACCCAAGGCCAAGCCGAAUUUCGGAGCAUCUGGACUCUUGGCAGCUGAAACCAACACGGUCAAAAGUAUUGAUGGAAAAAACUCCAGAGUGUUGAAGUACAAUGAACCCCCUGAAGCUCGUAAACCCGUUUUGGGUUGGCGCCUUUAUGUUUUUAAGGGGAGUGAACAAGUCGAGUUGCUGCACAUACAACGUCAGAGCGCGUAUCUCUUUGGUCGAGACCGAUUGGUGGCGGAUAUCCCCAUUGAUCACCCCUCGUGUUCGAAGCAACAUGCCGUCAUUCAAUAUCGAUACAUACAAGAAAAAAAUGAGUUUGGAGACGUGAAGGGUUCUGUUAAGCCGUUCAUAAUUGACCUGGAAUCUACGAAUGGUACCCAUGUUAACGACGAAGUCAUACCCCCAUCGCGUUAUUACGAACUUCGCGCGUCCGACGUUAUUAAAUUUGGUCUGUCGACCAAAGAAUACGUACUGCUCCAUGAUGAAGUAGCCUCAUAAUAAAGAUAGCUGGCCGCUCGGUGUAUGAAAUUCCUUUUCCAAUUUUAAGGAUAUACUCUGGCCAUGGGGAAUGAAAUGUCAUAUGGCGCGAUGGCCAUGACGAAGAAUGGAUGGUCCGUGCCCUUGUUGCAUAUCUACCAUUGUUCGACUUUCCUAGAUAUUCUUCUUGUCCGGCUAUCUAAUCGGGUUUAAUACGUAAGAAGGUCGAUCUUCAUUUGAUCUUCAUACAACCUUGUAUUCCCCUUCUACAGAGAGAAAAAUGUUGUUCUGCAAGUCCCGUAUAGCUUUCAGUCUGAGAAAAUCGAUGUAAUAUUACUCCAGGAUGAUAUUCUGCAG